GAACCAACAUGGACUGAAGAAAUGCCAGAAAUCUUCAGAAAAAAUGCUUGCUUGUGAAUGGCAACUCCAGACGAACAUCACUACUCUCAUGCAGAGGAAGGGGGCAGGAACUCCCAAGUGUUGCCAUUACGGGUGUUUGAAAAAGAUAGCAAAUUGUCAUGGACUGUUUGUGCCGUCGUCGUUAUGGUACAAAUGCUCAUUCCAGGUCUCCUGUUCGUUUUUGGAGUAUUUUUCAUAGCGUUCAUACGGGAAUAUAAUACCUCCAGAGCUAAUGUAGCAUGGAUUGGUUCCGUAGCCUAUGGAUUGUCCAUGACCUUUGGACCAGUUGCCAGUAUCCUAGUGAAUCGUUUUGGACACCGUGUAGUGAUGAUUGCGGGGGGACUACUCUGCGCCGUCGCCGUCUUCCUUUCUUCCUUUGUGUCCCAUCUAAACCAAAUGUUCGGCUCUUUCUCGGUCCUGUAUGGGAUCGGCACUUGCAUGUCGGUCAGUCCCACCAUGACCAUUGCUCCAAAGUACUUCGAUAAACACAUGACGCUUGCUGUGGGUCUUAUGACUGCUGGAAGCAGUAUCGGUACCUUGAUCAUGGCGCCAGUUUCCCAGACCCUUAUUGAUGCCAUUGGGUGGAGAAACACUUUCCGCUGUUUCCCUGGGACUUGCCUUUUCAGUGCCAUCUGCUGCUGUCUAGUUAGGCCACUCCCGUCGUCUGAGCAGGAGACGCCAUUGGAGACCAUAAAAAAAUCUCCUGCCAGGAAACUGAUGCAGGAACUGAAACUCUGGAAGAACCGAGUGUUCGUCGUGUGGACUUGUGCUGUUACGUGUGUUAUGUUUGGCUACUAUAUCCCCUAUGUUCAUUUAGUUUCUUACGCACAAGACAUAGGCAUCCCUCCAGAGAAAGGCUCAAUGCUAAUUAUGGUUUUGGGAAUCACCACAGCCAUCGGUCGUGUCAUGUUUGGUAAAAUAGUGGGUCUGGGCGUCUUAAACAGGCUUCACAUGCACCAACUGUCAAUGGUGGUGACCGGAACAGCUGUAAUGAUGCUCCCGAUGAUCCGCUCCUUUAUCGGAAUCAUCUUUUACGUAGUUGUCGUUGGUUUAGUGGACGGAUGUUACGUCGUCCUCCUUCCUGUACUGACGGUAUCCCUGAUGGCAGGAGAGAAUUCGGUGACUGCCUGGGGGUUUCUGAUUGGCACCAGCUCCGUAACAUUCACCCUAGGUCCACCAGUUGCUGGUGCCCUGUUCGAUGCCUUGGGGUCCUAUAAUGUAGCUUUCCACUGCGCUGGAAUUCCCGUCAUCAGUGGCGCAAUAAUCUUGUUCUUCAUUCCAUGGGCACAGCGGACGUCACGCACAGAAAACGCCAUGGUUGUGGUCAGUGACAUGGAAUGCUCUGACCAGGAACAAUACGACUUCGCAGAUGACCUGAUAGAUGAGGCAAGAAAUGUACAAGAGAGGAGGUCCAAGUCUGCUGGAAAGGAUGGCAUUGACAUUGAUCAGAUACAACUUCAUUUUCCCGCCAGCGGGAAAUCUCGCAGCAGACGAUUUCGUGACCAAGGAACUUCUACAUUACCAGACAACAUCCAGUAUGUCCCACAAGAUCUUACUGAGGCUAUUACCAUGCUACAGGAGAAUGCUCGCCUGAUAUCUGAAAUGCUGUCAAGCGGUAAUCCGCAAUCAAAAGCUGAAGCAGCGCAGAAUGAGAGAUGGAGCGCAAAAUCUCGCAGUGAAAUGGUUCAGCCUACAGCUAUGGACAUUCAGCCACAGAAGAUGAUCAGCAUCAUGUCAAUUCCUGGUGGACUGACGAUCAGCCAUUGGGAGCCAAGAGCACCUAACACCUCAGAUUCCAUAAGUAACCCACCAUCCAUGUUCAGCUCUCAAAGUUAUCUACAGAACGCCCAGUCCUUCCAUUCCAGAAAUCUAUCAGAUUACAUAGUUUCACCAGGGGCUCAGGGACACAGUCCAUUACAUCAAAAUGCAGGGAUUUUCCCAUCUCCAAAAGAUAUGCCUAUGGGACAACAAGCAACAAGUCCAUUACAACAGGACAUUGGGAUUAUAACAUCACCAAAGGAAAGAGCUUUUGGAUCACUGACACACAGCCAAAUGCAACAGAACAUUAUAAAAUCACCACAAGAAAGGAAUGAUGCCCCUUGUAUAAAUAUACCAAAUAUAUCUUCUCAACAGAACACAAGAGCUUUGGCAGAUCAAUCUAACAUCAGUAAAAUUCCAGUGGAUACAUCCAAGAUACAUUCAGACCAAAGGGAUUCAGCCACAGCAUUCAGCAAGAAAGUGAUGUCCCCAAAAUCACCCCCACAGAUGCUAAGCCCCCAAGAACCCUCCACAUCUGGCCUUUCCCCCAGAGCAGGAGUUAGGUCCCCUGUGUUAUGUGCAAUACCAGAAGUAACAAUAGGACAGCCAAUUAACAAACCAAAGGCUGAAGUAAGAACAGAUGACCUAACAGCUGACGACACGGACAGAUGGAUAGAUAAUUCACCCAAUGAUCCGGAAUUAUUUCUGAAGCAGCAUUCUGGAGAAAGAAUAUCAAUACAUUCCGACAGCCAGAUUUCAUCAGGGGAGGUCAUUCAGUCAGACUCCAGCUUGUCUGCUGGGAAGUCAACUAGUGGUACCUCAGCUGGAGAAAUAGACGUGUUUACUCACUUGUUUGAUGACCAUGAUGAACCUACUGCUUAGCAUUGUGCUAAAUCAAAAUCCUGUACAUUUUUCAGUUUUUGUGAUAAAACUUGGCAUUCGUCUAUGUAAGUUGUUGUUCAGACAAGAAGGAAACAUUAAUUUUGAUUCUUUAGACAAUAAUUCAAUAAACACAUCAACAAAUCCGUAUAUUGGUACAAAUAUCACACAAACAUUUUCAAGCCAACUAAACAAUAUCAUGUAAAAUAAAAUCAUAUUAAAUA